GCGACGCUUUUCGGGGCGAGCACCCGGGACCGGCGACCCGUCAUGAUGCGACUCGUGUUGCUCUCAGCUUUGCUGACUUCCGCGUCAGCCUACUAUCGCGCGGCCGUCGAUGUGGGCGGCGACGUGGUAGCAGGUGCUGGCAACCUCACGGGUGGCGGAAAGAUCGGCACAUACACCGUUUUACUGCAGGUCCUGAACCCUGCCUAUGGUGAUCUCAAGCUUUUGUUGGAGUGCUGUGGAGAUGCCCGGCACUACGCCAGUGAGAUCGCCAGCAAGAUCAACCUGAACAUGUUUGAUGGCGACCAGGAGAAAAGCAUCCGAGCGCAGUACGUUGGGGAUGGCAAGUGCAAAGCCACAGGCCCAGUCGAAUCCAUUGCGAAAAAGGGUGACUCGAAGUGCAGCUACCUGUAUAGCUUUGCGAACAAGGACUGGAAGAGCUACCAGUACACUGCCCAGUGCGUCCCCAGUGACGUCUGUGCCGUGGACGUGGUGGGGGCCACCAAGGGGCUCAAAGUCGCCUACCCCGUGGUGAUCCAAAUCCUGAAUCGAAAUGCUGGAGACAUGGCCUAUGCGGGUUUUGGACCUACCAGCUCUUGCUUGGAGGGAAUGAACCAAGUGAACAUGGCCAACGUGCACUUUAAGAAGGAGGAAAUCUUCAUUAACGUUUUUGGAAAAAAACUCCCCACCGGAUUCAAGGAGCGCAUGCACGUCGAGGGCAUGAGGCAGCUGAACGUGCGAGAAAUGUUCUCCAAGUGCGAAAACACAUCUGCCACAGGCAUCUUGUAUGUCUUUAAGAACAAGUUCUGGAGAGACCCGCAGCAUGCCAUGAACAUCACUGACUUCGACUUGGAGCUGGAAAUGGCACGGCGAAAGAAAGACUUGGACGAGUUGAUGAACUACAAACUGCCUGAACCAACGAAGAAGGGCGAGGAGCCCAAGGCGCCUGAGCCCAAGGCGGAGAAACCCCAGGGCCUGGAUUUGGCAAAGGCCAUUGGAACGCUGGGAGCCAACGUGGGAUCCACCUUGGAAAAGGAGAAGUCCUCGAAGGUAGAAGACAUCCAGGACGAUUUGGACCAGGUGGAGAAGAAGCUUGAAGAGAAGCAGGAAGCUGCAAAGGAAAAGCUAGAGGAAGAAAAGAAGAAACUGGAAGAGUAUGAGGUCGAGAAGGCCAAGGCUGCCAAGGUGGAAGUGCCGGAGGCGCCAAAACCACCGAAGGCACCAAAGGCACCUGAGGUCCCCGAGCUCCCAAAGGUGGAAGUGCCGGAGGCGCCAAAACCACCGAAGGCACCAAAGGCACCUGAGGUCCCAGAGCUCCCAAAGGCACCAAAGGCACCUGAGGUCCCUGAGGUCCCAGAGCUCCCAAAGGUGGAAGUGCCGGAGGCGCCAAAACCACCGAAGGCACCAAAGGCACCUGAGGUCCCAGAGCUCCCAAAGGUGGAAGUGCCGGAGGUGCCAAAACCACCGAAGGCACCAAAGGCACCUGAGGUCCCAGAGCUCCCAAAGGCACCAAAGGCACCUGAGGUCCCUGAGGUCCCAGAGCUCCCAAAGGUGGAAGUGCCGGAGGGAGUCCCAGCGACCCCGGUGGUUCAAGAUCUCCCAAAGGCGGAAGUGCCUGAGGUGCCACCAGCCUCGGAAGAGCGCGAAGAGGCGACCAAAAAGGCGCCUGUUUCAAGCGCUGAGAAGGCAGCUGAAAUAGCGAAACGCGAGCGCGAGCAGAUUUCCCAAGAGGUCCUGUUUCCGUGGGAAGUCCGCAAGAACAGUGACGAGGAAAAGCCAGCCCCCAAAGAGGUGAGCGCCCGUCGAAUGCAGGACCAGCACCGGCCAUCAUGA